CAAACCGGCAUGACUCGCAUUGGAGGGAAACACUCUUCAGUAGUAAAACAAACUUGCGUUUUAGCUUCAUAAAUUACAUUAAAAAGCUUACCCUAGGCUAUCAAAUUCUUGUGAAGGUACAUCUAUGUAGUCUCGCUAUAUGAUUAUUCGAAAUGAAAGACUCGAGUUGCCUUAAUCAGCCAUUACAGUACUACUGCACUGCAGGGACAGGCAUGGAGCAAUUUCUUGCGGCGGAGGUGCAAUGUAAAUUGGCCGCGCAUGAUGUCGACCACGUAACAGGAAAGGUGUUUUUCACCACACCUGUGGACAUUGAGAAAGUGGCAGGUCUGAAAUCUGCCGAGAGGCUUUUCCUGCUGCUGAGAAGAGCUCCACCUCUCUCCCAAACUGAGAAUGCAGGGAGAGUGGAAGAUGUUAUACAGGAUCAGAUUGUUGGGCAGCGCAGUCUCUGGACUGAAGGGUUCUCCCAGUGGCGGAGGCUCCGGAAGGUUCUGGAGGGAAUGGAACCCGAGCCGAAGGGACCAGGGCGGGGCAGGAAGAGGAAGCUGGAGCAGGGAGAGAGGCCUGCCUGUGAGGGACUGGAGAGAGCGGAAGAGCGGGCCCCUGGGAUGGAGGGCCAGGGCCCUGACGAGAAGAGGCGGGACCAUGGAGAUGAGAGACGGGAAUCUGGUGUGGAGGGGAGGAACUCAGUGGUAGAAAGGCGGGACUCUGGGGAGAAGAGGCAUGGCCGUGGGUUGAAAGGGCAGGACUCAGGGGUGGAUGGGCGUGGUUCUGGGGUGGAGGGGCGGGACUCAGGGGUGGAUGGGCCGGGCUCUGGGGUGGAGGGGCGGGAUUCUGGGGUGGAUGGGCGGGACUCUGUGGUUGAGGGGCGGGGCUCAGGGGUGGAUGGCCAGGACUCUGGGGUGGAGGGGCGGGGCUUAGGGCUGGAGGCGGCCAUGACCGGGCCCUCUCGGGGGGAAGCUCCGCCCAGCAGCGAGCGCUCCUCAGAGGAAGGGGGCGUCUCGGAGCCCCAGCCUGCCCCAGUGUCCUUCAGAGUGUGCUGCCGCUCUAGUGGAUCUGCCGCCCGCAUGCUCAGCUGCCAGGACCUUGGCAGGGUUAUCGGGGUGGCCCUCAGCAAACAGCUGGGAUGGACCGUAAACCUGAGGGAGCCUGAUCUGGAGGUCAGUGUACAUUUGAGCCAAGACCACUGUGUGGUCGGCCUGCCGCUGUUGAGAUCCCCUUUAGCCAGUCGCAGCUACAUCAAAACAACCGGGCUCCGCUCCACUGUUGCCUGGGCGAUGGCCUCACUCGCUGAAAUCAAGCCAGGGUCUUGUGUCCUGGAUCCCAUGUGUGGAGUGGGAACUAUCCUCUUAGAGGCUGCACAGGAGUGUCCAAACUCCUUUUUCCUGGGAAUGGAUCUUGAUGAAUUACAGCUAGCGAAAGCCAGUGAUAAUGUGCAAUUUGCAAAACUCACUGAAAGAGUUGAAGUGAUUAAAUCAUCAGUUAUGGCAAUUCCUGUGCCUUCAGACAGCAUGGAUGCUGUCAUUUGCGAUAUUCCAUUUGGGAGGAAAUUUGGCAAGAAAUCUGACAUGGCAGCAUGUCUACCAGCUAUUGUGAAAGAAAUGGAGAGGGUGCUUUGUGUGGGCGGCGCUCUGGUGCUGCUCCUCAGUCCUGCCCUCGCUGCUGUUCUGAAGAGGAGCUGCCGCCCCCAGCCUGCCACUCCUGUGAGCCGCCCGGGAGAGACCCCGCCCUCCCUCCUCUUCCCAACGCUAGAGCUCCAGAGCAGCCACCGAGUGAGUCUGGGCACGUCUGACGCGCUCAUCCACAAAUACAGAAAGGUUGGCAGUGGAGUGUAAUGGGUUGGGAGUUGGACUCGUAGCCUAAAAGUCCCUGGUUCGAUGCCCAGCUUGGGAAAGGAGGGUCUGUCUCCGACGCAGCAGAUGCUAAACUGUUUAUAUGCUGGCCACAUAAAACUGUACUUUCUACAUUUUGUUGUCUUCCUUUCAUUUAGUUUUGACAACAUAAGUUGUGGACAUUCAAAGGUGAUGGCGGAAAAUCUCUGCCCCUACUGAAGAGUCGGUUUGCCCUGUCGGUGUAGGAUACGGUGUGUACAUAUUAAAUGACAUCCAGUGAAAACUACAGUCACCUGCAAGUUUAACUUAAUCUAAAAUCUUCAGGCACAGACUCUCAGAAAAGGACAUGGCUGAUGUAAAGCGUUGUUUCUGAUGUGCAUGAAGGCCUGCCGGUCAGUGCUGAUACAUGUUACUGCUGGAAUAGAUACAGCUUUUGGUUCCACUGGGAAAUGGCUUCUUCUUUUUCUCUUAUUUUUUUUCUUUGUUUGUGCCAGUCUAUUUUCUGUCAUGACUGCAAGUUUUUGGAGCAGAGGAUUAAAGUGUGAUACCAUAGAGCCACCUUGUGGCCAAACUGAAUUAAAGCAAGUGUUGCAAAUAAUAUGAUGGGGGUGAUCUCUCCGUAACAAACGUUUACUUUUUUAAUGCAAAAUAAAGCCAUUUACAAAAACUGUA